ACUUACCGUAUAACGAUUCUAAAACACGUUUAUUGAAUGUUAGCGUCAAGUAAGGCGAUACUUGGCUGAAGGACUGGUGUCGACAUAUGACCAAGCAGAGCUUGUGGUUAAGCUGAUGGAACUGGAGUUCGACAAGGAACUCAGCGUAUCAGCAGCAAAUGAGUGCAGCUCUCUCCAGUCCGCCCUCACCUACCUGCAACAAGAGUGCCAACUGUGCACUGGAAAAUACCCUAUGAAUCAGAUGGUCUCCAUGUUAGAAUGUGAAACACCGCUGUUGUCGUGACUGUGCUUUGCACUACUUCACCCUGCAGAUCACAGAGAGGAACAUUGCUGACUGUGUAUGUCCAUUCUGUAAACUGCCGGAGCUCCAGACCACCGAUCCUGACCGUGCUCUCGACUACUUCAGCAAUCUAGACAUCAUGCUGAAGGGCCUGUUGGAGGAGACAGUCCACGAGCUAUUCCAGCGCAAACUGCGUGACCGGACACUAAUGCAGGAUCCCAACUUCAAGUGGUGUGUCAAGUGUUCUUCAGGAUUCAUUGCCAAUCCACGCCAGAAGAGACUUGUCUGCCCUGACUGUCGCUCAGUGACUUGUGCCAGCUGUCGCAAACCCUGGGAGAAGCAACAUGAAGGGUUAAGUUGUGAAGCAUAUGCUGCUUGGCUAGAAGAGAACAACGAUCCUGAGACCCAACUCAACAAACACCUCGCAGACCAUGGAGUCACCUGCCCUAACUGUGCUAACAGGUACUCACUAUCAAAGGGUGGCUGCAUGCACUUAACUUGCCCACAAUGUCAGCACGAGUUCUGUGUCGGCUGCGCCAAACCAUUCUCUAUGGGCGCCAAGUGUAAGGUGUCUGAGUACUGCGCCAAACUGGGUCUUCAUGCUCACCAUCCUCGUAACUGCCUCUUCUAUCUACGUGACAAAGAACCUCAGCUACUGGAGAAGCUCUUGGAGGACAACAACAUUGAGUAUGAGAAAGAGGCGGCCAAGGAGAAUUUCCGAUGCUCAGUCCAAUUGCAACGAGAGACGCCGGAAGGUCUUCUGGACUCCACUUGUGGUCUUGCAGUCGAAAAGGCUGGACUCUGCAGGAAACAUUAUGUGGAACAUUUGUGCCGCAUAAUUCGUCACAACCACCUGGAAACCUUAUGGCUUCUGACAGCUGAUGACCUGGAAACUGUGGUCCGUCGACACGGAUUACGACUGCCCAGCAACCCCUAUGGCACUCCCUUACUGCACUACUACAAUGCUCUCAUGGAGGUAGUGCAAGAGCAGAUACCCUUGGACUGAACAUCAGAAAAAAAAUAUUUAAUUACAGCGACAUCUGUUUUUGGUUUUCAACAAACCAAAUAAAAUGGCGUACCGAGAGUGACUGACCUUAAGACCUUCACAAAAAUAUGCAUUUCUCACUUUGAUAGUACUUGGUUAUUUUUAAUAAAACUACAAAUUCCAUGUAGGAUUGGCUUUGUUAUUAUUUUAUUGGUUGAAAAUAAACAAUAACGACAAACAGAGAUGUUGAAUAUUUACAAUUGUGAAAGUAUAAGUAUUAUCGAUUAAAAAUUACUGAAAAUAUGACAACUAUUUCCAACAGCAAUAUAUAAUACAAACAUUUAUAGAUUCGUGGUACCUACCUCUGCAUGAUAUCAAUGCUAAUUCACUUAAACUCAUAGUAUUUGAAAAUCUCUUCAAACAUAAUUUGUCUAUGUAACAACUAAUAUAUUAAAUUUUACUUAAUGUUUUUAUAUCUUAUUUAUUGCUUUAUGUCUACAAAUAAAUGUGUUAAUCUUUGUAGAUAUCUAAUGUAAAAACUAGAAACCACAGCUAUAAAUUUGUUUAUAACAUGUAGGUUUUUUACAGUAUUGUUUGUUACGAGUCUGUUUAUAAUGUGUACGUACUUUGUUUAAUUUUAUAGUUGUUCAGUGAUGUUGUUUUGUUAUUAAAUCAUAAAUAUAUUAUUUUUAUUUUGAACAUUCUUGUCCAUGAAUUUCGUGUUAUUUGUUCUUUUUUCGUUCUGUUAUUUUAUGUUUACUUGUAAUACAUACGAGUUUAGGCUAUGUUAAAAACAAAUUUAUUGAUUAGUUUUAUUUUGUCACAUAAAAGUUAUUGUCACUUUAUUAUUUUUACUGUUACAAUAGUGAUGGUUAACAAAUAAAACUAUAUUUUAAAAUACUGUCUACUCUUAUUUUAACAAUUAUUCAUACAAUAAUUUGUUGUGUUCUGUGUACAUUUUCUGUUCCAUAAACUUUUCUCCAUAGUGAUAGUGAACAAAGUAAUUUACCGACAGAAAAUUUAUUGGAAUUUCUCGUCAGAAUAGUAUUUAGGCAUAGGAAAUUUUGCAUUUACCGGUUCUGGAAACCAUCUUUAAUUGUAUUCUGAUCUGUAUUAAUUUUUCUGUAUCUCUGUGAAGCAUCAAUACUGAUCACUCUAGAGACCACUGUCAAUGAAAGUAUAUCAGAAUUGCCCGGCUAUACGGAUAAUUUAGUUAUCUUUAACCCUCUAAGUGGCAAGCGACGUCUGAGACGUUCUAUUUACACCGCCGCGACGUCUUAGAAGUCGCUUCACAUUGCCGCUUAUUGCUAGGCAACCGAUAAUUAU